CUCGUCCACCAAUCAGGAGUCACUAUUUAGUAAACGUGAUUCAAUCUGCUGGAGUUGCUGCUGCAGUCCACCUUCCCUCUUAAUAUUGUUUCUGUCUAUUAGUACAUCCUCUUUUGCACACCAUCUGACAGCACCAUGAGUAAACAGAAGGCAAAUAUAAAGGUGGUUAUCACGUCUCAUGUUGAUAAAAAGGACAACAGACAAGAGAUAAAAGAAAAUAAACCAAAGUCUUUUGUAGUGUCAUCUGCAAAUAGUGUGGGUUUGAGUAAUUGCGAAGCAUUUGGAAGGUCAUUUAUGUAUAGGAGAAAGAGAAGAGGGCCAAGGACACUUCCCUGUGGGACACCAACUGUAAUUGGUUGUGCAGAAGAGUUUGCCCCAUUUGCGUACACAUAUUGGCUUCUGUUGCUGAGGUUGAGGACCCCACUUCGUACUUCGUCUUCUAACUCUUUACUCGAAUCGGACAGUUCGCAUUUCUUGAAGACCCCAACAAAUUUGUGCAGCACAGCUCCUGCAGGAACCCCUCGGACACCAGCUACAACUACACCAUCGAUGCUCAGAGGAAGUAAAGCACACUUAUCUAGUAUUGCCCUCACCACUCCACGCACACCUGCAACAACCAUAUUACAUGCAUCAGAUUCUCGAGGGACCACACCCUCUCAUGCUGUACCGUCUCCAAUGCCAUGUUUUGCAAGAGGUGCAAGUAUGAGGGUCAACCGCACUCUGCGGUCAUCCAUUACCAAGAACACGCUAACUAAUGCACCAAGUGCAUCAUUGCGCAAGCAACUCAGGCAAGAGGAUGACAUUCGGAGGAUGGAGUCAAGCCCAGCUUGCACAGGUGUGAGAUCCUCCAAAAAUACGAAGGAUGUGGAAUGUGUCAAGAAGGAAGAUGAUGGAAAGAAGAAAGAUAACUUGAAUAGAGUAUUAUCUUCCUCAACACUCAAUGUUCCAACUUUAUUGAGAAGAGCCAGGGCAUCAUGUAGCAGACUGUCAAGUGAAUCCAGGACACCAACACUAACUAAACCUGUAGGCAGAUCAUCUAAACUUUCUGUUGGCUCCAGUACACCCACUCCGGGCAGCUCAAGAAGAUCCAGCUCAAGUCAUGCUAGACUCUCCAACCACAGCCAGACUCCCUCUGUUGGCUUAAUUCAUUUGACACCAGACAUUGUGAGCAGUUUCCCAGGAAAGAUCUCCACAAGCCCCAGUCCAGGUGUUGAAGACAUAUAUGGUGGUGCAGAGUCUACAACUGUGUUUGUUGGAGUCAGAGUUCGACCAAUCAGCACAAGGGAAAUGUUAUCACCAGAUGUGAAAAAUAUCAUUGAUGUUGCAGGCAAUACUAUAUCAAUUACAAGUGAUAGUGGCACCGUUCACUCCUUCAGCUACGACCACUGUUUUAACUCUAGUGAUCCAUUGGAUCCACUGUAUGCUUCACAAGAAGCCAUAUAUGUUGCUGUAGCACAACCUCUCUUGGAGAAGGCAUAUGAAGGUUACAACACUUGCCUUUUUGCAUAUGGCCAAACUGGUUCUGGGAAGAGUUAUACGAUGUUGGGAGAUGAUUUAUACAGUGAAUCUGAAUUAGAAGUUCCUUCAGCUGCUGGCAUUAUCCCUCGCUUCUGUCGGGACCUUCUGAACCGAGCUGAUUAUUUGCAUUCUCUUAACCCACCAGAAGGCCAGCUACCACAGUCUCGCAUUGAAGUGGAGCUCAGUUACAUCGAGAUAUACAAUGAGCGUAUAUAUGAUUUAUUAGCAAGUGGAGGAGGUGGAACAGAUUGCCGUGAGGCUCUAAGAGUUCGGGAACACCCUAAAGAUGGUCCCUAUGUGGAAGGGGUUGCUCGUCAUUUGGUGUCAUCUUACGACCAUCUUCAGACAUGGCUGUUGUUGGGAAAUAAGGAGCGUUCCAUUGCUGCAACUGGUGUCAAUGAGAAAUCAUCUCGUUCUCAUGCUGUCUUCACUAUCAAACUAACCCACAUACAGGUAGAAGAUGUUGAGGGUGAGCAGCUGGAGAGCAGUAAGGUGAGCAUCAUCAAUCUGGUGGAUCUGGCUGGUAGUGAGCGUGUUGCAGCAGCACAGUCACAAGGAGACCGACUCAAGGAGGGAGUAUGCAUAAAUAAAUCCCUUUUAACCCUUGGGAAAGUUAUCACUGCUCUUGCAGAGAGUGAAGGACGACGAAGACCAUUCAUUCCAUACAGGGAGUCGGUACUGACUUACCUGUUAAAGGAAUCUCUUGGGGGCAACUCUAGGACUGCAAUGAUUGCUACAGUUUCCCCUUGUAAUAUUUACCUGGAAGAAACUUUGUCUACACUCCGAUAUGCUCAACAAACUCGUAAAAUAGUUAACCAUAACUACAUCAAUGAAGAUCCUACAGCCGUGAUUAUUAGAUCUUUAAAAGAGGAAGUUGAACGUCUUCGCCUGCAGCACUUAAGCAGAAACUCUUGUCAACUGUUUUAUGGGGAAACUUUGGCAGAUGAAGAGCAACUUGAUCGAGAUGGAGCAACUGAUAAAGAAAAAGAUCUCCUGGAAAGGGAGAAUGCCAUCAACCAAAAGGAAAUAGAAAAUAACAUAGCAAUCCAAUAUAAAGAGGAAGAAAUAGAAGCGUUAAGGGAACAGCUACGAUUCCAACAGUUGCAGUGCCAGCAGCUUCUCACUGAGAAUAAUAGAAGUCUGGAGCAGCGGCUUGAAGAAGCAGAGGCUCAGCGACAACAAGCUUUGGAAAGUUUGCGUCGACUUGGAAUUGCAACUGAGAAGGAGACAGGUCCAGUGCUGAUCAACCUAAGUGAGGAUCCACAACUUUCAGAGACCCUCUCAUAUAAGCUUAAAAAUGGAAUCACUUCUCUUGGUCGCUCCAACUGUGAUCUGACCCUCCGUGGACUCCACACAGAUAAUGUUCAUUGUUCCAUAAAGAAUAAAAAUGGUGAUCUGCAACUACUUCCAGAGGCAGGCAGAGAUACAUAUGUCAAUGGCAAAUUAAUAUCCUCUCCUCACACGCUGCAUCACAAUGAUCGACUGGUGCUUGCUGGCAUUUACUACUUCCGAUUUGGCAAUAUAGUAAAAGGCAAAGAUUCUAACCGGGAGACUUCAAAGAAGAUGGAUUUUUACUUUACAAAAGAGGAGCUUUUAAAGGAGCAAGAACGAAGGUUGCAAAAAGAAGCGGAGAUUGCUAUUGCUGCCAGUAAAGCUGAAAUGGAGCAAGAAAUGUGUCGCCAGAGAGAUCAGCUGAUGCGUGAUAUUGAAGAAGCUCAGAGUCAGCUUAUCAGCAAACAACAGUUGGUGUGCGAGUUGGAAGGAACACAAUCAAAACUAGAGACUGAAAAGCAGCUACUGGAGGAGCAGAUCUUAAGAGACAGAAAAAAUAAUAAGUCUCUCGACUUGUCUCUUCCAUCAACAGGAUUUCCAAACUCUCAGUUAUUGAAAGAGGUGCAAGCAGUGUUCAAUGAGUCUGUUCAGGAAAUAAGAAAGGACUUUACCCAAGUCUAUCCUCCCAUGCUCAGAUUUCAGAUAAAAGAAGCCAAUGAAAUUUGCAAGAAGCUGAAGAACCCAUAUGAAUUCACACUACAAGAAGUUUUGACCGAGUCCGGCCUUGAGGUAAUAGUAUUGAUUAAGGACCUGCAGCACCUGAUGACAGCCACACUCACCCUAGAUGCCUUCCAGGAAAAGCUACAGAUUUUGCGUGAUAUUGUCCAGAAUGAAGAAUAUGAUGAAGUAUUUGAGGCCAGCCUACAUUGGGAGCGCACUGAGGAUGUGAGCUGUGUUCCUGGGUUUAUCAACAAGUUACUAGAUUGCCCAUCUCUCCAUACACUGAAUUCCUCCCUGAAUUGUUCAAUGAGUUCAACCUCAUCAUUCCUCUCUCGUUCAAACUCUACCAGGAAGAAGAGUAGCAUGUUGUAUGUAGGAGAACGUUGCACAAGUAACAGUGAAAGCAGUUCGUGUCAUGGUUCUGUAACGGUAGCAGCAGCAAUCCACUGGGCCCUUACAAAUUUGCCCCAGUCUACUUCAUGUUCCCCACUUACUACUGCUUUAAAUGCUGUUGCUGACUUGCAUGAGGCUACACAGGUAAGUCAUACUGAUAAUUUUAACAAAGUUUGGAAGGGGGGCAUUGCAAGAGAACUGCGACGGCUUCAACCAAGAUCAAAAAUGUUAUUUGCAGACUCUUCCAAGACACUUGUGGAUGAUAUUGCAAAGUUGGCACUCUUCGCUACCACUCGUGUACCAACAAACACUAAAUUCAAACCAGGAGGGUUGUUGUCCAAGAAAUUCACAGAUGGGUUAAAAAGUGGACUGGAUUUGUUGGUUAUAAAUUCUGGUAAAACAGCCAAUAAUUCCACGGUGCUCCUGGCUGCCAACCAGGAAGAACAAAGACAUUCUCAAGGCUCACAGAAUCUUUCAGCAGCUGCUCACUCGGCCACAUUUGCCAUUGCUGCCUUUCUGAAGAAGUUUUCACAACUCGAUGCUACCUUGGAAUAUGAUGAAAACCUGCCGGACGACGAGAAGAUGAGCAAAAUUGUGUCCUGGGUAAAUCGUGUAGAAUCUGCAUCAGACACAAUCGCCCAGCUCACAGCAGCGAUCUUAGUCAUUGUGAAUCAAGUUACAUUAUCACAACAAGGUAAAUUUAAUGUGAAUGAGUUUGAGUGUACUAUUAAAGAACUGAAGAGAAGACUGGAGGAGUUAAUGAAGUUUGCUGGUCUUAGUCUAAUGCCAAUUGAGGGAUUAGAUAACAUCUCUCUCUCCUCAACCUCUGAUCUGGAAAACAGCAGAGAGUUAAUGGAUAACCUACAUACAGUAGCCUUACUGUCUAUUCGUGCAGUUGAAGACCUUAAAAAUACUUUAAAUAACUUUUACAAAUCGCUAACAUUCAGAGAAUUAAAAAGCAAUAUCUUCAGAUGUAAUAAAAAACUUGUGACUCAGUGGCCAAGAAACAGUAAAGAAUACCAGCAACACUUGGAAAAAUUGCAGCACAAGUCUGGGAUGAAGAGCUCUCUACGAUGUUCUUCAGAAGCUCCCAUAGAAGAAAAGCGGGUUAGAUUUGACAUAAGUUCUGCUUCAGUUUCAUCAGUCAGUGGCUUGGAAGAAACAGACACUGUUGAUGUCUAAAUAUAAAGUAUAUUUAAACACAUGCACACUCAUCUUUCACAUGCACACAUGGUCUUAUAUAUUCAGCUCUCUAUGAUUAUACUCUCCUCCCUUUCAUACGCCAUCUCGUACACCUCUUAUACGCUUACCUCACACUCGCCUGUCAUACACUCAACAUUCUUAAGUGCAUUCUUCUCUUUCAUAGACACCUCUCUCUCGUACAUACUCGUCUCUCUCAUACACUCGUCUCUCAUGCACACUCGUCUCUCGUGCACACUCGUCCCUCUCGUGCACACUCGUCUCUCUUGUACACAUCCUUUUCUUUCAUACAAUCCUUCCCUCCUCCCACCCUCUUUGCUCUCCUGCUUCUCUGCUGCCUCAUAUCUCCUCUCCAUCUUAUUAUCCUUCCACUGCCCAUUCAGUUUUUCUGCAAAUAAAUCUCUCACUCCUUGACCUACAAGUAAUCACAUACUCUGCUGAAAUGGACUCCAAGUGGAGGUAAUGUAUUUUACUACUAAAAAGUUAAAAGCAACAAUCAUACAUGUGUGUACACACAUUUACAUAUAUUUAUUUGUGCCAUUACUAAAAUUGCUUCCAUUUAAGAAGUAAUACACUGAGAUGCCACUUUUUUCUUGACACUUUCAGUUUAAAAUCAUUUGUUUAACCCUUCAUAUAUUUAUGGUUCCACUGUACACCAAAUUUAUUUUUUGCCUGAUUCAUUUUUAAUUUUUAUACACAUUGUAUUGUUUUUCUAAUUAUGAUUUGUUUCUAAUAUAUCUUGAAGUGAAACCCUUCAAGCUAUGAAAGUAGGCCCCAACAAGUCAACUUGUGUGUGUGCCAGACUGAGCUGCAUCACACUGAUGUUUGGUCCUGACAUUAAGAAACUCCAGUUUUAUAUUUGAUAAUGAUACAUUUUUUAUUGUUUUUUUUUUUAAUCUAAACCCUUUCUGAAACCUAGACUUGUCUAAACCCUUGGUUUCAAAAACAUUUUGUGGAAGGUAAGCAACCUGAUGAUAUACGUGACUGCUGAGAUUUAUCUAAUGCAGUUUUACUCAUCAGUGCUGACUGAAAUGUAGCUUUAAAAGAGGGAAUCCUAAAGUAUAUUAAUUUUGUAUUAUGCACAUUUAGUGUUUUCAACAUUUUAAGCAAAAGUGUGUGUUUCAAGCCUCUUAUUAGUUAACAGUACCUAGCUCCAUUAUAGGUUCAUGUCAAGUGGUAAAUGAAGACUUCUGUGUUGCUUAAAUAGCAGAUAAUUCACUUCCUUCACUGAGGUAAAUGAAACCUUUAUUUUUUCACUUUGAAUUUUAAUAAAUAUUUAUGAAGUAUUUAAGCACUUUAUGAGCCUUACAUUCUAAGUUAUUCACCUGAAAGUCCCUAGGAUAUAAAAACUUAAUAUGGAUUUUUGUGAUAUAUAUUUUUAAGUGGGGCCAAUAGAGAUUGAUAUUGUAUAAUUGUGCUGUGUACUUCAUUCAAAAUGAUCAUAUUCCAUCUAUUUUAACAAGUGAAGCUUUGCAGCAUCAUAUUUUUAUACCUUAUAUCCACCUUUAUGUAAGUGACUACCUGUGCAGAUUUUAUAAGUCCAUUAUAAAAGUUAAACAAAAUGGAUCAGUCGUAUUAGCUUUCAUUCCACUAGUCUGUACCCAGUUCAUGAUGCAAAUUAAAGAUUAUAAGUCAAACCCUUAAACUGUCCAAACGUAGAUCUAUGUUUGCUCGCGUAGCGCUUCGAACGUAGAUCUACGUUUUUUUUUUUACAUUGUUUAUGUAGAAAAUCAAGGUCGGAGCGCUACGCGUGCAAACGUAGAUCUACGUUUGGACAGUUUAAGGGUUAAUACUGUUGGAGAAUUCAUCAUUAUCUAAUGCAUAUGCUAAGCUGUUUAGUAAAGUUUUGGUUUAUGCACUGUUUUGUAUGAAGUAAUUCUAGUAAAAUCUCUUGGAAUGAAUUUUUCAUUAACUUCAUCUAAGUAAAUCUUUUAUGGUAUCUCUUUUUUCCCAACUUUUUGUUUCCUUAGUCAUGUAUUCAUCAUGGUUAUAUCAUUUUAAUUGACUCCAAUUUGCCUCUUAUCAAUUUUCCCCCACACAUUUCCAGCUCUUUAGUUUGCUGGUCAUGAAAAUGAUUUUAAAGUACUGUAAAAUUUCCAGCAUAUUUGUAAACUCAUUUUUCUACAUUGUUAGGUAAAUGUUUUAACAGAUUUAUUGUAUAUUCUGAAAUUAUUUAUAUUUUAAUAAUUUUUUUAUUUCAAGUCUGUGGGGUAAUGAGGAAGAAUGUUUUUAAUGUUGCUAUUGAAAGUUUAGUUGUUAUUGUUGGUUUGCUAACUUAUUUCUGUAGAUGCCAAACACUUCAUUCUAUUCAGGAAAUUGUAGUCAUUAAGAUAAAUUUUUCAAAAUUUCAUAAUAUAUUUGUAUAUAUAAAGCUAAUGCAUAUCAUAAUGUCAAUAAUAUGUAUUGUUAUAGUCACAAAGUACUUGUUCAGUGCCAGGCUUAGCUCUUCCUUUUAUUGUAAUUGUAUUCUCAAAAUAUCACCAAAGCCAUAUUGGCCAUUCAGCCCUUGUCAUUUUGUAGAUGAUCACUUUCUUUUUCAAAGUGUAUAUAAUUAAUGGAUAUAUUGUAAUAAAAACAUAUAGUAAU